GGAAUCCGUCAAGCCCACGCUCUGCAGGGUCGUCAUCUACCUCCAGAAGGAGAUGUCGGGGGACACGUGUCUGGGCGCCGCCCUCUGCCCCGCGGGGGGGCCCAGGCCCAAGCCCUGCAGCCCCCCGGGGGGCGGCCUGGGGAACAAGUACGUGCGGCUGAACGUGGGGGGCUCGCUGUACUACACCACGGUGCAGGUGCUGACCCGCCACGACACCAUGCUGAAGGCCAUGUUCAGCGGCAGGAUGGAGGUGCUCACCGACAAGGAAGGCUGGAUCCUCAUAGACCGCUGCGGGAAGCACUUCGGAGCCAUCCUAAACUACCUGCGAGAUGACACCAUUGCACUUCCAAAACACAGGCAGGAGAUCAAAGAGUUGAUGGCAGAGGCCAAAUAUUAUCUCAUUCAGGGCUUAGUGGACAUGUGCCAAGCAGCCCUGCAGGACAAGAAAGACCUGUAUGAACCUGUCUGCAGCAUCCCUAUCAUCACAUCUCCAAAGGAGGAAGAGAGACUGAUAGAGUCAUCAAUGAAACCUGUUGUUAAGCUGCUGUACAACAGAAGCAACAACAAAUACUCCUACACCAGUAACUCGGAUGACAACUUGCUGAAGAACAUAGAACUGUUUGACAAACUCUCCCUCCGAUUCAACGGCAGAGUUCUUUUCAUUAAAGAUGUUAUAGGAGAUGAAAUCUGCUGCUGGUCUUUCUACGGACAGGGUCGGAAACUGGCUGAAGUCUGUUGUACCUCUAUAGUUUAUGCUACAGAGAAGAAGCAAACCAAGGUUGAAUUUCCUGAAGCACGAAUUUAUGAGGAAACACUGAAUGUCUUACUGUACGAAACUCCCCGGGUUCCUGACAACUCCCUGCUGGAGGCGACGAGCCGCAGCCGCAGCCAGGCGGCGCACAGUGAGGAUGAGGAGGGGUUUGAGCUCCGGGACCGCGUGCGCCGCAUCCACGUCAAGAGAUACAGCACCUACGACGACCGGCAGCUCGGGCACUAGUGCCCCAGGAGAGGGGCUGGGUGCCAAGGCUAGU